GGAGACUGUGUCUCUUCCCCCGAGUCCCCUCCUCGGAAGUAGACGUCUGUCUAUAUUCCGCUCAUUUUAUAUAUUUUUUUUACAGGAAUCCCCUUUCCCCCAACACUUAGCACCAUGGAAGCCACUAUGGACGACUAAACCGAAGCACGGGUACCCGAUUCCACCCUUUUCUUUAUCCUUGAAUUGAGUGGACCGGAUGAAACCCAACUGUGGUUUUCUCCGCUUCGCAGGGGAGGUAGCUGUAUCCAGUGGUGAGGUAGGCUCAACCCAGGGAGAACAUAAUGAAGUUCAUCGAACCCUGGGGACGCCAGAGGCUGUCUUUUCUUCUGGAAAAGGCCGCCUCUAGGGAAGCCAAGAUGUGGAAGGUCUACGUGCCAAAGAAGCCCUUCUCACAGGAUACAGACAUCUCCCCGGCCCAGCGGGACGAGGCAGUGCACUGGUUGAUAGAGCUCCACAACAAACUGCAGCUGUACCCCGAGACCUUGGUGUUGGCUGUUAGCGUCCUUGACCGCUUCCUUGCUCCCAUCAAGGCCCGUCCGAAGUACCUUCGCUGCAUCGCCAUCGCCUGCUUCUUUCUGGCUGCCAAGACCUGUGAGGAGGAUGAGUGUGUGCCCUCUCUGAGGGAACUGGUUGCCUCCAGCAACUGUGGCUGUUCACCGUCAGAGAUCCUGAGAAUGGAGAGGAUCAUCCUGGACAAACUGAACUGGGAUCUGCACACAGCCACUGCACUGGACUUCCUGCACAUUUUCCAUGCCAUGGUGUUGUCCUGUCGUUCUGGGCUUUUGGACUCCAUGUUGGGACUGAACCGCUCUCAACACCUCGCCCUGCUAACACAGCGACUCUACCUCUGUCUGGCUGACCACACACUCAUACAGCUUAGAGGAUCCAUGCUGGCCUUGGCCCUCAUCACCCUGGAGCUGGAGACCUGCUGUCCUGACUGGCUGGCUCUCACCAUUGAGCUGCUGAGGAAGGCACAGAUCGACAGCUCUGAGUUGAUUCGAGGCCGAGAGCUGGUGGCUCGUAGUCUAUCCACACUGAAAGCUCCCCUGCCUCCAAACACUGUCUACAUCUACCAACCCCUGCAGAGCCACACCAUCCUGGACCCCUCACUCCCCUGUUCCACACUGUGGACCACCCCCAAGUCUUCUAGGGACCACCCCGUCAACACCACUGCCCCUGCCCAGCCACAGACACCUGCUGGUAGGGAGGAGGGGAGCCACCCCUGGAGCUCUGUCCCUUUCUCCUGCUCCGCUGACAGCAGCAUCCCAGCCCUUCUCUCUCCACCCAAACUCCUCCACCAUCCUAACCAUCUGCAGAAGGUCACGCUGCGCUGCAAGGCCUCUGCCAAGCGCAAGGUGGAGCAGAUGGAGGUAGACGACUUCUAUGAUGGUAUCAAACGACUCUACAACGAAGACGUCACCAACGCCAUCACCGCCAUCCAGGAGGGGGUAACAACAGCAACAGGAGGAGAAGGGGGCCUUGGCGUCUGCAGUGUCCUGUUGUCCAGACAGGAAGGCAGCUCCUCCCCCUGCCCGCCUCUGCAGCCAGUCAGCGCCUCCUAGAAAAAGGUUACUGUUUACCAAAACCACCUCAACACUGCCAUCAUCUUCCCGUUUCACUAUCAGAAGAAAAUCUGCGCAUUUACAAUAUUGUUUUUUUUUGGCAUCAGUGGCAUCAGCAACGAGCAGCUCCCUCAGCAAUAGUCAAAGAGGUCAAAUAAUGUUUAUUUGUUUUUUGCACUAUUUACAUAAAAAUCCAUAAGGCGGCAGCUUCUCAGCUAAACGAUGCUCAGCAGAUGUCAGAGGGAAUUGUCACUUACAAGAGGAGAAUAUUGAUGUCGUAAUUCAAAGCAAGCGGCGAAACAGAUGAUGUCAGUGGCUUAGAUGGUUUUGCUACAGUGCAAACGACCCCUGCGUGACCCCAAGGCAUUCAGUUGAUCUGAAGUCAGCACUCGUCGUCCCCUGCAGCCAGACAACAGAGCCCAAAAAAAUUCAAAAAUAAAAAAACCUGCUGCUACUCUCUUAUUAAUUAUAUUUGUUGAACACAAAUACAGUAUAACAAAAGGCUUAAAAAAAAUAUAAAUAGAAAAAGUUAACUUAAAAAAACAAAAAAAACAACAACAACUAGAAUUCUUCUUUAAACCAGUGUCUCGCUCACUUUCCUGCUGUGGAACAUGUUUUUGGAAAUAUCAUUGUUUGUCCACUUAUAUUUGUUGUUCACAUCUUUAAACUAUUUCAUAUUUAUGUUUUUAUUCUGUCCUCUUCACUCUCCUUUCUCGCCCCGUAUGGUUUCAUAUAUAUUUAUGUACUCCUAAAGAUUUUCAAUCUGAUCAAGUGUAUGAAUGUUUUUGUAUCCGUAGAUAUAAGUAGUUUUUUUUUUAUUAUUAUUUUUUUUUAGUGAAGUGCCAUUUAAUUGUUAAUAAGAUGCUAAUAUAAAUAUCCCUCCUUUAAAUCCCUGUUUUCCUCACUGCUAGUUGUGAUGGCUUGACUGAAUGAAGGUUUUCCAGGUUGUUUCAUUCACAUCUGGUUUUGUCCAGCUGUCAGAUAUUGAAACCCAAUACCAGCUGUGGUUCAGAUGUGUUGUAUUUAUUUUUUUUUAGGUCUUGUUAGCUUGAAAUAACUACAUCUACAAUUAGAAAACGGACUUAACUAACAUAGGCUAUCGAACUAAAAUUGAUGUGAUGAUUGAAUUUGUAAUAAAACAGUUGUGAAUUUACAGAUGUUAACAACUGUUUUAAAAACAUAAACGCAUAAAACUCAUAGACAGGAUUGUGGUAUUCAAGUCAGUAUCUGUGCUUCAGGCCCUUUAGGAGAUGAGUGACAAUCUUCACUUUGGUGUUAAAAAGCUAAAUACAACACAAUCUGUUUUUAUCUGUAGAGGUUCUGUUCAAUAUAUUUUUCUUUGUGCAAAAAGCUCUGUUGUUCCUGCUGUGGGAGCUGAUGGGGUCUGCUCCAGGUCUCUGAAUGCAUUGCAGCACAGACAAAUAAAGAAUUUAAGAGUA